AUGAAGAGGUUCCGCCCGUACUCUGAAGAGAGCCACUACUACCUCCGCCUGCCAGGAGAGCUGCUGAUGGGGUGGCUUCAGACUGUCUCUCUUCCUAUUAUGGUGACGAGUGUCAUUUUAGGAAUACUGAACCUGAGAGCGCCCAUGAAGAUCGCUCUGCGUGCGGCCUUCAUCUUUGUCCUCACGACAGUUGUCGCUGUGCUGAUAGGGUUGAUGCUGGUCCUGGUGAUCAAGCCUGGGGCGGCUUACACCGAGGACGAAGACGAUCAGCAGGUGGAGGUAGAGUUCGCCUUCAUGGACUCCUUGAUUGAUCUCGUGAGGAACGUGCUCCCAAGUAACGUGAUGCGCCUGAAGACGAAUGACACUGUUGUGCAACUGGAGGGUCACUAUGUGGACGGCACCAACACGCUGGGCCUGAUCGUGUCCGCCCUUUUGACUGGAGUGGCCCUGAAGAGCAUGGGGGAAAGUGGCCAGGUCAUCGUGGACCACAUGAAGACCAUCAACGCGCUGUGCAAAGAAGUGGUCAAAUUGAUCAUGUGGUUCUGGCCAUUUGGAUUGAUCUCCAUAAUUGCCAGCAAUAUCUUUGCGGUUUACGACCUGGAAACCAUGCAUAGACUCAGAGAGUUUGUGUUGGUGGUUAUUGUCGGACUCCUCAUCCACGGGUGCGUCGCUCUCCCGGCCUUGUACUGCCUACUGGUGAGACGGAACCUGUGGUGUUGCAUCAAGGGCAUUCUCCCUGCCUUAUUGACUGCUCUGAUGAUCUCCUCCAGCGUGUUGGCGGGCAUCUCCAGCCUCAGCGCAGCAGGGGUCCCGGCGACGGGAGCCGUGACCACCCUCUUCGUUCUGGAGGUGGCGGGCUUACCCACGGAGAACGCCUCCAUCUUGUUCGCCGUGGAAUGGAUCCUAGACCGCCUCAACACGGUCGUUAAUGUCUGGUCGGACUGCAUCUGCGUGGAAAUUGUCAACGCCCUGUCCCAAAGGGAACUGGAGGAAAUAGAGCAAGAAGAGCAGGUGGCGAGAGCACACGCCGAGUGA